AUGCAGCUUCGUCGUCAUACUGCACAGUUAAGAAAAUUAUCGUAUGUAUACAGAAUUCAAGUUAAACGUCUACGGUGUCAGUUACUAAAACAAAAACAAAAGGUUGAACAUUUAACAAAUUUAUUAAAAUCAAACAAUAAAGUUCUCAGUAACUCUUCUGUUACUGAUACCGAUGACGCAAUGAGUACAGAUGGUAAUGUUACGAAAAAUAUUACGGUAAAAGGUUUAUUUAUGAAUAAUGUGAGUCCAAGUGCUAAACAAAGAGCGAAAGCUCAAAUAAUUGAGCAAAAGGAUCUAUUACGAUGUGAACUAAAUCGAACUUUACGCGCUGGAUUAGGUUUAAACAUUUCAGAUAGAAUUCAUGUUUCAAAAGAUGAACCAUUUUUUGAUUUUUAUGUACUUUUUUGA